UGCAUGAAUUCAGAAAACCAAACAAGUUCUUCAGAAUUUAUCCUCCUUGGGCUCUCAGAAGACAGUGAUGUGCAGCCCCUCCUCUAUGGGCUGUUCCUGAUGAUGUACCUCAUCACCUUCAUUGGGAACCUGCUCAUUAUCCUGGUCAUCAUCUCUGACUCCCACCUCCAUAUGCCCAUGUACUUCUUCCUCUCUAAUCUGUCUUUUGCAGAUAUCUGUUUCACCUCUACCAUUGUCCCAAAAAUGCUGGUGAACAUCCAGACAGAGAUCAAAAUCAUAACCUAUGAAAACUGCCUCACCCAGAUGUACUUUUCCUUGGUUUUUGGAGGAGUAGACAAUUUCCUACUGACUGUGAUGGCCUAUGACCGCUUCAUGGCCAUCUGUCACCCUCUGCAUUACAUGAUCAUCAUGAACCACCAGCUGUGUGGUCUCCUGCUGCUAGCAUCUUGGUUAUUGAGUGUUCUGAUGUCUCUUUUACAUAGCUUAAUGGUUUUAGAAUUGUCUUUUUGUACCAAAUUAGAAAUUCCACACUUUUUCUGUGACAUUGAUCAGGUAAUCCACCUGGCUUGUUCUGAUACCUUCCUUAAUGACUUAGUGAUGUAUUUUGCAACAGGACUUCUAGGUAUUACUCCACUCAUUGGGAUCCUUUUCUCUUACUGUAAUAUUGCAUCCUCAAUUUUGAGAAUUUCAUCAGCUAGAGGCAAGUAUAAAGCAUUUUCCACGUGUGGGUCUCACAUCUCAGUAGUGUCACUGUUUUAUGGUACAGCUCUUGGUGUGUAUCUUAGUUCUGCUGUUACACAACACUCCAGGGCAAGUGCAGUAGCUUCAGUGAUGUACACAGUGGUCACUCCCGUGCUGAACCCCUUUAUCUACAGUCUCAGAAACAAGGACAUAAAACAUGCCUUAAGAAAAUUAUUAUUCUCUGUUCUUGGGAGUUUGAGCACUCAACAGUGA